UACACUUCAAGAACGUAAGUGACCAAAAUGAUGAAUGAAAUAAGUAUUGUCUCACUUAGUCAACUCCUAAAUAACAUUCACCUUUCACAAUCUCAUAUUGAUGAAGCUGCUCGUUUCUAUAUAAGACACAGCAAUGAUUAGAAAUCUUAGCAAUCUUUAUGUGAAGAAUGGUGUAAUCACUUUCAUUUUGCUAAAGGAAAUGUUGAUGGUGAUAAAGUUAUUAUUUCCUUACUUCAUAUGGCAUAAAGAGUAAUUGAAUCUGUCAUUAAAUUUGAUGGGGCAUGUAAUCUACUAUUUUAUUCUUUAGAUGCUACAAUGAGAGAUGCUUUCAAAAAAUAAAUUAUUAAAGCUUUCUCUAUAUUAAAAGAUCAUAACUCUUCAUAAGAUUUAAAAUCUUAAGUUAAAGAUCUUCUUAAAUAAUGGGAAGAAAAACAAAUCUUUUCAAAAUCAGAUAUUUCUAUUAUGCUUGAAACUAUUGAUCCUAAUAAAAUCACCAAAGAUAAAACAAAAACACAAUUUGCUCCUCCUCAAUAUUUAAUCAAUUAUGCCAAAAAUUAUAAGGUAUAUUUUAUAUCACAACUAAUCAAUAUAGGAAUUAUAAAUUCGAUUACAAAAAAUGAAUGAAUAUCAAACCAAACUAGAUGAUUUAAUUAAUGCUGGAGCCUAAGAUAAACUUAAUCUGUAUGAUUAAUUACUUGAUUAAUAUUCCAAAUCUGUUGAGAGUGUUUAAAAAUAUCGCUAACUUGUAAUUAAAGAUAUAAUUGAUGAAUUAAAAGAAUUAGACAAAAUACAUUCUAAAAGUAUUAUUGACUUGAAGUACAUUGCAUAAAGGGUCUCUGAUUUAAAGACAAAAAAAGAAAAAAGAAUUCAAAAUGAAUAUUAUAAUGAUUAAUGA